AACGACGACAUUUAGGAAAAUCCUAACCACCGAUACAGCAACACAACCAACAACCUUACGUGUACGUGCUUCUUUCUUGAGCUGAGGCAUGUGUGGCGAAACUGCGAAUCGAAAGCCGAAAACAUUUAUGGUAUAAUUUAAUUUAUUAUUAUUAUAGAGCGAGCGCACGCAAGUACGGACCGCUUUCACGUUCUCCAGGCGGACUGCCGAAUAAGCAGCAAAGUUAGUCAAUGAACAAAUAUAAAUUCAAAUAAAGAAAGCAAAUGUCAGUUUUAUUAUUUUCCCCAAAUGCUAAUUCUUUUUUUUUAAUAAAUCCUCCUUCAAAAGUUUCCUUCCUUUCCAUUUCUACAUUUAAUUCUUUUAAUAAUAAUUUAUGUAAACCUCCUCAUUUUAUACCACCGUUUCACCACCACCACCACCAUCUUCUUUACUCUCCGUAUCGUAAUCGUAGUUGUAAUCGUGCCUCCUCUGUUGUUCGCUUCUCUUCUCUCACAGAUAUGGAUGCCCCAGCUGUACAAAGUCUCUACCCAUUGCACCGUACUAAAAUUAUUCACCUGGUGAGGCAUGCACAGGGGAUUCACAAUGUAGAAGGCGAGAAAGAUCACAGUGCAUAUUUAUCUGAAUCACUUUUUGAUGCCCAUCUCACCCCUCUUGGUUGGCAGCAGGUUGAGAAUCUGCGCAAGCAUGUUAGAGCAAGUGGGCUUAAUAAGAGAAUUGAAUUGGUCAUUACUUCCCCUUUGUUAAGGACCAUGCAGACUGCAGUUGGAGUGUUUGGUGGUGAAGGGUACACUGAUGGCGUAGAGGCCCCUCCACUUAUGGUGGAAAAUGCAGGCAAAAGUAACCAUCCUGCAAUUUCAAGUCUAAACUGCCCUCCUUUUGCAGCAUCUGAGCUUUGUCGAGAACAUUUGGGAGUUCAUCCUUGUGACAGGAGAAGAAGCAUCAGCGAGUAUAAGCCUCUUUUCCCUGCGAUCGACUUUUCACUGAUUGAAAGUGAUGCUGACACUUUGUGGACGGCCAAUGUCAGAGAGGCGAAUGAACACGUUGCUGCUAGGGGGCAAAAGUUCUUGAACUGGUUGUGGACAAGGAAAGAGAAGGAGAUUGCUGUUGUGUCACACAGUGGAUUCUUGUAUCAUACAUUAAGAGUGUUUGGUAAUGAUUGUCAUCCAUCUGUGACGAGUGAAAUUUGCACACACUUUGCUAAUUGUGAGCUUCGAUCAAUGGUAAUUGUUGAUAAAGGUAUGAUGGGAUCGGACCCUGCAACCACUAACUAUCCUGGAAAAAUUCCUAGUGGCCGUGAUCUUCCAAGUGAUAUUGCAUAGGAGAAGCACCCAUAGCUCGUAGACUGAAGAAACUCAGUUCUUUUUUGCAGCAUCUCCAUCAAUUUUUUUCUUUAAAAUUGAUUUUUACCAGUAGUUACUUAAAUAAUCACCACAGAAGAACUAGAUCAUUGAAAAAAUUUGUGAGCUUCCUAGCUGUGUGUAGAAAAUUUGAGAUCUGUUUUCUCAAAGGAGACAAAAUAUUAUUACUUGAGGAGAUUUGUAGGCAUCGAUUCUUUUCAAAAUGAGGCUAAGGUUCAGUUAGCUUUAGCUGUUUGUGAUGGCUUCGAAUGGAUAUGAUAAUUAUAUGCAAUAAAUUAAUAAAUAUACAUAUUUGGAAUU